ACUGACAAUCCCAUCUCCACACGUCAACCGGGUCUACAAUUCGCAAACGCACGAUCGUUCGAAAUCCUACGGAUCCCUUCGCUCAAACCUAGUCAUGGCAUCGACCAGGACUCCCUCCCACCGGUACGCCUCCGUCGACUCCCGUUCCUCCUCCGACGCCUCCCCUCCCUCCUUCAGUCGCAAGAAUUCCGGAAAGAAUCUCUCAUACUUGCCCCUCCUCAUCGGAAAUGGAGGAGGCCGAGGAACCUCAGAUACUGCGCUUGCAGCCGCACCCCGGACCGAGAACUACUCUGGUGCCCUCGUUACUGCACGGGAGGGCAAGAGUGGACGUAAUAACUUCGGUAGUUUGAUGAAGAAGCUCGUGGAAAAGCGGACUAACCCGAAGCUGGGAUCGGGGGAUCGCUUGGUUCUAGCUGUUCCGGAUGGUCUGAUAGCAAAGGAGCUCAAGAAGUACUCCAAGGGCACGCAUUUAUCGGCCUUAUCGAAGAAACUUUCCCAGAAGGGUGGAGCGGCGGAGAAGGCGCUUACUGAGGUUAAGACAAACACGCGGACGUUGGCCAUGGUGCUGCGCAGCGAGAGGGAUCUUCUUGCCCAAAACAAGGAGUAUGAGGUAGAGAUCUCGGAACUACGACUUCUCAUGGAGGAGAAGGAUAGAGAAGUUGAGAAAUUGAAAGACAUGUGCCUGAAACAGGGAGAAGAGAUAAAGGCAUUAAAGGAUGCCAUACUCUUUCCGGAUGUUAUAAAUUCGCAACUGCAGGAGCUGCUAGAAGAGCAAGAUUUUGAGUUGAAACAGACAAAACAAGUCAUCCCAAGCCUUCAAAAUCAGGUUACAUAUCUCACUGGACAGCUCCAGUGCCUUGCAGCAGAUCUUGCUGAGGUGAAGACUGAUAAAUAUGGUGUUGAGAUAUGCUCAGAUAGACAUCUAAGCACUCAAAGAACCCCAAAAUUUUAUAAGGAGGCUGCUAACCAACUGGAAUAUAGCUCUGGAGAUUAUAUGGCUUCAGAAUGCAGAAGCCUGGAUGAUAUGUUCCUUAAGGAUUUAAACCCAUGUUUGACCCCGUUUUCGAAAAUGAAGUCCCAGGAAAGGGAUGAAUUGGUUUAUGGCUCCCCAGAAAAUGAUAGAUUGUUCAGGUAUGACACACAGUUGAGCUGAAAUAUGCUUUGCGCUCCCAAUGGAGGAAUGCUGUCAAAGAGUUCAGAACAUCGCCUGAGGCCUAGCUCAGGAAGUAUCAGCUCAAAGAAGGUUUACAAAUCAGAUGAAAACAAACAUUUGAUUACAAAACCACAUUAUCCAUAUCUGUUCUACAGUCAAAGAUGAUCUCUUUCCCCAUUUGUAAUUGUCUCUAUUUUUGUAUCAAUUGUUUCCAAACUCCUUGUUUGUCUCUAUUUUUGUAUCAAUUGUUUCCAAACUCCUUGUAUUGUCAUUGUAUCGAUUGCAUGCCCAUGCAUAUGUAUUGACACACAGGGAAGAAGUUUUGU